GAUACCUGCGAUGAGGAAUUAUAACAAAUCAUGUUCCAUUAUCGAACAUUCCUAACAGUUUAAACUGGCAACACGAUUUGCCAGCAUUUCAUGCAUAUCUCCAGUCCUCUCCCCAUCCCAUCCUCACUCGCACCAGUCAUUCAACUAGCCACUUCGUCGUUCAUCGUUUCGCUCAACAGACGUGCCACCUUUUAACGGGAAGCUACCGCAGUCUACUUACAGACAGAAAUUCAAGAUGCCGAAGCCUGGACGUUUCGUUCGUAUCAACUGGAGCGACACAGAUGAGAGCAGCUACGACUCCGAAGUUGAAACAUUCAACAGUUUCGGAUGUUCGAAUUCACCAAUCAGAGAAUCGACAAACCCAGAACCAUCAACGCAUUCAAUCCAGAAGCCUAUCCAAGAAAACUAUGGAAAGAGCACGCCUUUAACCGAAUGCUCGCAGAUUGGCGGUACCAGUACUGCACCUCCAAGUACAUCUUCCGGCAACAGGAUGGAACAAAUAGAAACGUUCGGUCGAAUGCUGAAUGCCUUUUUGGCGACAUACCACAGGGAGGAUCAAACCCUCCCCGUAGCCCAAUCAGAACCACAGCCUGUUAUGCCAACUAAAGUCAGCCCGACCGGCAAUAAUGAACUCGAGCCAUUACCUUCCUCAUCCGCUUUUGACCCAUCACAGGGCAUUCGUUGGGGACAUGUCCAAAAGUUCCCAGAAGAUGUGCCAACCGGUCGGCUAUGGGAGGUAUGGCGUCGCUUCAUUCAAAAUUUUAAAAUAGUAGCUUCGCUCAGUAACGCUCGAAGUCCUUCUCAGUUGGCGAAGUUGUUAUUCCUUUCUCUGAGUGAGCAGUUACAAAGAAUAAUAAACGCCUUCAACUUAAUGCCGGAUUUCGAGGCACCUGACUCGUAUAAUGUCUUAGUGAAAAACAUAGAAACACACCUCGUUUCUAUGACUGACCCAGCGGCAGAGCACGAGUCCUUCCAAGCUAUGAAGCAGAGCUUGGACGAAUCGAUGGUAUCGUUUCAUUCGAGGCUUGUGGAAAAGGUGCGACUAUGCGGAUAUAGCCAAGAUGACCAGGAUAAGUUUGUUAGGUCCCAGCUAAUCGCAGGUAUGCUGAAUAGGGACCUAGCUAUUUCAGCAAGAAACCUUGGCUACACCACGACCCAGAUAGUUCAAAUCGGAACUAGAGCAGAAGCUAGUAAUGUUGGAGCAGGUCCUUCCACAAGCAUCUCCCGAGUGGAACAAAGAAGCUAUGAACCAACCAGGCGCGAUGAACUAAAACGUAGCUACAAGGAACGGUUCCGAAAUUCAUCUUCUAAGCGAUUCCGAAACAACAAUGAUCAACGCUUAAGACGGCAGUUUCAACGUUGUCCGAAUUGUAACUACAACAAGUCACCUAAUCACCGAUGCCCAGCCCUCACGAGAAAGUGUAUAAGAUGCAAGAAAUUCGGUCAUUUUGUGGAGGUUUGUCCAUCUAGUCGAGUCGAUGCCGUAGAGGACGAUACAAUUGUACCCGCAAAACAAGAAACCGAACAGGUAUAG